GGAAAUAUAACCUAUAAUGUUGUAAGCGCAUGUCAAACAUACAUCAGUUUUCAUAAAAUUAUUAAGAAUAGCGGUAAAAAUAAUAAUUUCACUAUGGAAUAUGCAAUUGGUAAUUUAGCGGAUUUUAUAUCUGGUUCAAACACCCCAAAUAAACCCAAUGUGGUUGUAAAAAAAUGUAAAUUGAAGUCAAAAAAGGUUACAAAAGAUAAUGUUAAUGAUAAGAAUUCAAUGAAAAAUCAAGAAGAAUCAAAAAAGAAGCGUAAAUCAGAUGAUACAGAGGCACCACAAAAAAUAAAUUUAAAAAAAGUUAAGAAAAACAAAAUUAAACUGAAUAAACCUACCGCUGGUGAUGCCAUUAAUGAAAAUAAGAAUCACACGAUAAAUAAUAAUAAAGAGGUUGAUGAUGAAAUAUCAACAAUAAAUAAAGAAAAUAACAAACGAACAUUGUUUGUUGGUAAUUUACCGAUUAAUGUAAACAAAAACAUUUUAAAACGUCGAUUUGAAAAAUUUGGUACAGUUGAUAGUGUUAGAUUACGCAGUGCUCCUAUAGCUGAUGAGAGAACACCAAAAAAAGUUGCAAUCAUUAAGAAACAAUUUCAUAAAAAUAGGAAUAGUAUUAAUGCUUAUAUUAGAUUUAUGGAUCGUAAAGAUGCAAUAAGAGCAACCAAAUUGAAUGGAAGCCAAUACAAAGAUCAUCAUAUUCGUGUUAAACUUUGUGAUGAUGUAGAAAAGCCUGAUCAGAAUAAAGCUAUAUUUUUAGGAAAUGUUUGUUUUGAUGCUGAAGAAGAUGAAUUGUGGAAUUUAUUUCAAGAAUGUGGCGAAAUCGAAAGCGUUCGAUUAGUACGUGAUGGUAAAACAAAUGUAGGUAAAGGUUUUGGUUACGUGAACUUUAAAUCGGCCGAUUCCGUUGAAUUGGCAUUGCAAAUGGAAAAUGUUAAGAUGAGAAAUCGGGAACUAAGAAUAUCUGCAUGUGUUUCUAAGAAAUCUAAGAAUCCCACAACAAAUGUCAACAAACCUUCUGAUGCAACAAAAAUUGUUAAGACGUAUAAAAGUGGACAAGAUUAUCAAGGAAAAAAAAUUGUUAACAAAAAGAAAAAAUUUAAUAAGGGUGAUGUGCAGAAGAAGAAAUUGAUUAAGAAAAUUGCACCGAAAUAA